AUGCUUCGCUGUCCUAGGAUCGAUCGGGACAUACGACCAGAACGUAGGACCAGCGACUGCGAAAAUAAUUUUGAUGAGGAUUUUGAUGUGGAGAAUUUAUCAGGCAGCUUGGAAGAUUUGGUCGGCACAUUUGACCAGAAAAUUUCGCAGUGCUUUAAGGAUCUCAAUGAGGCUACCGAGGAUUUAGCACCAGUACAAAAUCUGGUGGACACUGACCGGGAAUUUUGGCAACAUGCCACCACUGGACUUCUCAAAAACACAGACAAGGCAGUUGCAGCUUCCGGCUUUGAAUCUUCAACCACAAAAGGUUUCGACUUUUUUUAA